AUGCGGUCUAAUGGAAGCUCUUUGUCAACUAUUGUGAAUAUGCCUAAACCAGAUGGAUCUGUGAUGGAUAAUAAUGAGAAUAGGCUUCUCAUAGAUGAGAGAAACUUCAAACGUGAUGAAAAAGUAAAGAAUUAUGACAGGUUAUUACGUAUGGCAACCGAUGAGCAAAAAAGCGUAUAUUUAGAAAUUAUUAAUGUUGUGAAUCGAAACAAGGGAGGGAUGUUUUUUGUUCAUGGAUUUGGUGGUACUGGAAAAACAUUCUUAUGGAGUAUUAUUGGUGUUGAUAUUCGUUCUAGGGGUGAUAUUGUUCUUAAUGUUGCGUCAAGUGGUAUAGCUGCUUUGCUUAUGGAAGGUGGUCGGACACCACAUUCUAGAUUUAGUAUAGCCAUCCAUGUGGACAAAUAUACAACGUGUUCGAUAGAUGUCAAUUCUCACCUUGCCGAGUUAAUUAGAGAAGCAAGACUCAUUAUAUGGGAUGAGGCUCCAAUGAUGAACAAAAAUUGUUUCGAAACGUUGGAUAGGAGUUUGCGAGAUAUUAUGAAGUGUGAUCGGGUUUUUAAAGGUAAGGUUUUUGUUUUGGGGGGUGAUUUUAGACAGAUUCUACCAGUUGUGCCAGAAGCUGGUAUAGUUGGUACAGUUUUAGUCUCCAUAAACUCAUCCUUGCUUUGGAAUAGUUUUAAAGUACUUCAGCUUACACAAAAUAUGAGAUUCCGUAAGGCUCAAAACAGUAGCGAUGCAAAUGAUCUCUCUACGUUUUCAAAAUGGCUUCUCGAUAUUGGGGAUGGAAAAAUCAACGAGCCUAACAAUGAGAUAUACGGUACAUCGUUUGCAACAAGGACCGAUGCAAAAUUCUUUUGCGAAAGAGCUAUUCUGAAUCCAAGGAAUGAUGAUGUCAAUAAGAUAAAUCAAUAUAUGCUCUCUCAAAUUCCAGGGCUAGAGAGACAAUAUUUGAGUUCAGAUAGUGUCGAGACUUCCGAUACAAGUGCUUACGACAAUAUGAUCUACACUCAAGAAUUCUUAAACAAUAUUCAAGUUUUUGGAUUACCUAACCAUGUUCUGACAUUGAAAAAAGGAGCACCUAUCAUGUUUCUUAGGAAUAUUGAUCCUAAGAGAGGUUUAUGCAAUGGAACGAGGUUGAUUGUUACGCAAAUGGCUAAUCAUGUUAUUGAAGCAAGGAUUAUAACAGUCAGAGAGUUCGUUACCAAACGAGUUCUGCUUCUUGUGGAUGAAAAGGGAGACACAAUUGAAGCUCCUUAUUUACCUGAUACACUCACUAAUCUCCUGAAAUAUAUUGACGAUGGUGAGUGGUACAGUAUUAGAAAUUUCAAAGUGAUCAAUCCAACCAUGGAGGAAAGGAAUACUCAUCAUCCCUAUCAGAUUAAAUUUACGGGUGAAACCAAGAUGAGGCUGCUCGAAUCAUUGAGUCCUAAAAACUACUUUCGGUUUGAGGAUUUGGAUGAUAUAAAACGUGGAAGAAUAGAUCAUCACAUCCCUUUCGAUGUUUGUGCGUGUAUAAUGGAUGUGGAAGAUAGAAGGAAUCCUGCGAGUAUCAUUGAUAAUGAUGAAGUUGUUCUUAUAUUGUUGAAUGGCAGGUGCACCAUGUCUUGA